AUGCCCGCAUCCAUGCCGACGUCAACGCGCGCUCUCAAAGACCUGUCCGUCCGAACGAUGUCGGAGGACGGUCUGUUCGAUAGUUCGUCUGAAUCGGAGCUCAUUGCAUUAGAUUCGGCCGCGAUCUCAUCCACCCAAGGAGAGCGCGAUGCUACGCCUAUUGCCACUGAGGUAUCUAUUGCGGAAUCUAACGCAUGUUCGGCUGGAGCGUCAGGCACGACAACGCGUACGCCAAACGAGAAGGCCGGCGGCGACGAGGACUCGAUCAUGACCGAGGCACCUCCCGACUCUGACUCUGAAUUGAGCGGCACCGAGACCAACCACAGUACGCCCACACACUCACCGCACCACCCCCCAACCCACUCGCGACGCCACACCCCAACGUCCACUCAUCGCGUCAACUCCCCAGCCCUCACCGCCAAGCUCGCAUCCGCCAAGAAAGAGCUCGCCGUCGUCCACCGCGACCUCGCGCGCAAAGACUCCUCCGUCGCCAUCCUCACCAAAUGGACCGACUCGGCCAAGCACGCCCUCGCCCUCUCCCGCGCAGACAUCGACGCGCUCACCGAGGCGCUCCACGCGUGCAUGCGCCGGCUGCACGAGAUGACCGUCGAGGCGGGCGACCUGAACGACGAGCUCGCCGAGACGCGCCGCAUGCUCAGAAAGGUGCGGCUCGGCCGCGCAAAGGAACGCGAAAGGACAAGGGAUCUGAGGGAGAGGUUGAAGAAGAUGCGGGUGGAGAUCAACAUGAAUCGCUUGGGCAUGAGCAGGCCAGAGGACAAAGCGCG